GACGCGUGGUUAGUGCAACGUUUGGUGGCACGUAGACAAAGACGGCAAAAGGCAAUAGUCGACAAGUGAAUGUGAUUUAAAGAACUUAUUGGAGUAAAGUGUUGAAGGGAAAUAAAAUAAAGCAACAGUUAAAACAAUAAACAAAACAUUAAAACACACCAGCACCAAUAUAGUGUGUGUGUGUGUAUGUUGGGUUCCAAACCGACAGGGUGUUGGUAAAGGAUUUUUGUUUGUAAAGCAAACAUUAGUGAAAUUAAUAAAUAAGGAAAAAAAAUUUGCGAGUGCAACGACAUUUUUGUGAAAACUAUUACUUCAAAUUCGAUUUUCAUUUAUUUGAAAGUAAGCAAAAAAACAAUUUUUUACGACAAAACAGCAACUGAACGAUUUACUAGUGACUGGAAAAUUUUGUAAAAUGAAUUUACAAUUAUUUGUGAUAACGCUACUUGUAGCUUUGCUAUUUGCCUGCACGCCAAUCGAUGGCGCUAAGAAUGGAAAAUCUAAGAGCACAAAUACAACAUUAACAGCAACUACUGCGACUGAUGAGAGCAAGCCGGUUUUGGCCGAUAAUCUUAGCUCCAACAACAAUGUCACCAAAACCGUCGAAAAGCCAAGCUAUCCCAAGAAAGUGCAUACGCUAAAGAAGCGUCCUACAAAAACGACAACAACCACAGCCGCAACACAAAAUUCGAAAAACAAACGUAAGAAGGUGACCGAUGUGACAGCCGCUUUCAAGGAUCUGCCAGCUGACGAUCUCGAAUUCAUUAAGGAGUUGGACAAACAGUUUCAGUUGCAUGGUGAGAAGAUCAAAAUUAAAGUGGAACACGACAACAGCACCGAUACGGGCAAACAGAAUAGCAAGCGCACCAUUGAUGGUGAAUUGGGCUAUGGCGCAUAUCCCGCACAUAAUGGCUACCAAUACGAGCGCCCGAAAUUCAUGUUCUAUCCGUACUCUCAACAAAAUAUACCCGCGGACGCGCCUGGCUACUAUCCACCCAAAACAGAUGUCAGCAUCGAACCCUCCUACUCUUAUGAAUUACAACCGCAAAGCUAUGUACAAGCGCAGAAACACGGCGCGCAGCAGUCAACCGAGGUGUUGGACGUGCCCAAGCAUGGCGCACAUGGUGGUUACGAGGAACCGGUGAUUGUUUUGCGCAUACCAGGACCCACAAAGUAUGCCUCACACUUGCAAACGCUGUUGCAACAGUAUUUGGAAAUACGAGCUGCACAAUAUCUGCGCAUAUUGGAGGAAAAUGAAGUGCACAAGCAACAGCAGCAACAACAACAUACUCAGCAACAUUUGGAACAGGCACAACAUGCCCAACAACAUUUGGAGCAGCAGCAGCAAGAACGUUUACAACAAGAACACUUACUGCAACAAGAGCAUAUACUACACCAACAACAACAGCAGCAGCAACAACACGAACAACAGGCGCAACUCUACGAACAGCAAGCGCAACUACAACAUGGCGGUGCAGCAGCGCAGGCAUACGCGGAACCCACACUCGAACUGCAGCCACCAACGCAUGAACAGCAUGCCGCACAACAACAUGUACCAGCUGUCAAUGAGGAAGAAGGUUAUUCGCCGGAAGUGACGUACGCGCAUCAGAUAGCGCCCACGCCACAAACGGUUGUAUAUCCGGAAAUCGAUGAAAUCUACCAAGGGUACAAGGGUAAAUUGCACGCGUCGCCUCAAGCAACAUUACAACAGGAACAACAACAGCACGAGCAGUUGCAGUACGUGACGGCGCAGCAGCAGCACGAUGAGGCAGCAGAGCAGCCACGACAACAGCAAUUGCAACAUGGUCAACAAUAUUUUGUACAAACCGCACCGCCCGCUGCCAUACAACAAUUCUAUUAUACACCGAGCCAUGCGCAAUAUGCCGGCGCGCAUGGCAGUCAUCACUAUCAGAAUGUCUACUUCAUGGCAAUCGCACCGCAGGCGCAGGCGCAGGCUGGUUAUGCGACGCAUGGUGCGCAUGCCGCGCACGCUGCUGCGCUGCAACACCAACCCAUCUAUGUGCAGGAAGAGCAGGAUCAAGAACAGGAAUUGCAACAGCACCAACAACAACAAGCGCAACAUGAGUUAGCCGCCGCUGCAGCGCUGGGUGAGAAUAAUCCGCGUUCAACGCACACCAAAGUCAUUUACACGCAGAAUAGCGAGAAAGGCGCCGCUGACUACACUGGCAGUUAUACGCUGCCAUCAUCGCGGCCAUACGAGCGUCAAGCCGCCGCAUCUGCCGCUGCUUACCACCACCAUCACCACCACCAGCAGCAGCAGCAACAGCAAUUGCAAGCACAAUUGUUGCACGAACAACACCAGCAACAACAUGAACAACAAUUGGAGCAACAACAGCAAUUCGAAUAUGUGGACGCGCCGCUGACACAUGCUGCCGCCGAGCAUGAGCACGAGCAUGAACAUGAGCGCGCGGCCGCUAUCACACCGCAGCCGUUCAACUAUCACGCGCAUGGCGCUAAAGCGUUGCGACGCGUCAAUCGUAAGCGUGGCGCGCCAACACUGAAAACAACCACUACGGCCACCACAGAUGUACAGGUGGAUGAGCAUUUGCAGAAAAUACGCGAAUUUGUGCGCGAAAAUUUGGGCGCUCAAAUGAGUACGGCGGUGGAGUUUAAAACGACGGCGUUGGUGAAGAGUUAAGUUGCGUUGUGAAGUUGGUUGUGGCUAGCGCCUUGCGCUGUGCUUAGCUAACGCAAGUGAACAAGUGGAACGCACGCUAUGAUUAAGCGUAGCUGCUUGCGCCUUGCGUUAUGCUUAGAUAAUGCAAAUGAACAAGUGAAACACAAGCGUAAAUUAACUGUUUUUAUAUGUUUUCAUUUUAUUUCUUUAAACUGU